CAACAGAUUCACCAAGCCUUUUCGUCUGCACAAAAUCGGGGUGCAGGUCAAAUCAAUCCAGACUAAGCUUGAAAGCAUUUCUAAGAAUCUUCCGGCUUAUAAUCGGAUAUCUGGAGUAGACGGGUCUAGCUCUUUUUUCGAGAUGCAGCAGCGGUUAAGGAGAACAUAUUCACAUGUUGAGGAAGAUGAUGUUGUUAGCCUGGAGGAGAGCACAAGGCAUGUUUUGGUGCAGUUGAUGGCAGAAGAAGAUAGACUUCAUGUCGUUUCUAUAGUCGGCAUGGGGGGCAUAGGUAAGACCACUCUUGCAAGAAAAGUAUAUAAUCACAUAGAUGUGAAACGACAUUUUGAUUGUUGUGCUUGGGCUUUUAUAUCUCAACAAUGUAGGCCAACAGAAGUUUUGCAAGAUCUCCUCAUAAAACUUCUCCCUGGAGAGCAAAAUGAUGAUAAACUGGUAGAGACCCAGUUGGUGAAAAGGCUUUAUGAUGGCUUGAAAGAAAAACGAUAUUUGAUAGUCUUUGAUGAUGUUUGGAAAAGCGACGAUUGGGAUAAAUUUAAACCUGCUUUUCCAAAAGGGAAAAAGGGGAGCAAAAUUUUAUUCACAACACGCCACAAGAACGUGGCGCUACAUGCUGAUCCUUGCAACUCCCCGAUAGAACUUUCAUUUCUUACAGAUGAUGAAAGUUGGAAGCUUUUUAAAACGAAAGCAUUCCCAGGAAACAAGACAGAGUCUCAUGCUUGUCCAGAAGAAUUGGAAAUGCCAGGAAGAGACAUGGUGAAAAAAUGUGGAGGUCUACCUUUGGCAAUUGCUGUGUUGGGAGGCUUGCUAGCAACAAAAAAGACAAGGGCUGAGUGGGAGAUGGUCCAGAGAAACAUCAACGCACACUUAAACAAUUUCCCACUACAAGGUGAUUAUGGUAAAGUGAAUUGGAUUUUGGGUUUAAGUUACACUGAGUUGCCUUUUCAUUUAAAACCGUGCUUCUUAUAUCUUGGCCAUUAUCCAGAAGAUUGGGAGAUCUCAAAAGAGGAACUCAUUCGAUUAUGGAUUGCUGAAGGUUUCAUUUCACCGUCAUGGGAAAGCAGAGAAGGAAUGCUGAUGGAGGAGGUAGCUGAACGAUUUUUAGAAGAGCUAAUAGAUAGAUGUUUGGUUCAAGUUGGGCGGAGGGACUAUACAGGAACAAGUGUGAAAACAUGUCGGAUACAUGAUCUCUUGAGAGACUUGUGCGCGCGAAAAGCUGAAAAGGAGAAUUUUUUGAAAAUUAUUCAGCCAUCAUUGAUGGAAAAUGAUGAUCAUGUGAACUUGACACCAUCUAUGGCACGAAUAAUUGCAGUUCAUCCCAGCAAAAGGUAUGUUGUUUUGAAUGGAAACCAUCCAAAUUUACGUUCUCUAUUGUUCUUUCAAGCCAAAUUGAUGGAAUUGAAUAUUUCAAAAUGCAAUGAUUUCAAAUUUUUAAGGGUGUUGAAUCUUGUGAGAAAUGAGGUUGACAGGUGGCAUGUGUCAAAUGAAAUUGGUAACCUAUGUCAUUUGAGAUAUUUGAAGUUGAGGGUACCAAAAUCAGGAGGCGUCAUCUUGCCAAGGUCUAUUGGCAAGUUGAAGAAUUUACACACUUUAGACAUCUUUGAUCUAGAAUCAAGUAUUCCUCAUGUUUUAUUCAAGUGGAGACGCUUAAGGCAUGUUAUAGUGAAUGGUCUAUCUAUUGAAGAUGCGAAUUUGCUGGGAAGGGAUAUUUUAAAAAAUAUGGAAACUUUGAAGAACAUACGAGGCAAGAGUUUAAAUCAAAAUAAUGCAGUGUUCGACUUGACCAAUGUACGGAGUUUAAAAAUAUAUUUUGAGAGAUUAAAAGAUGUGCAGCUUAUCGUAAAAGCACUGACUGAAUCACAACGCCUCCGGUCAUUGUACAUGGGGUUCUCGGCCUUAAGGUCAGUGCAUUCAGUCUCAUCCCCAGACUUGGAACCCCUUUCUCAUUGCCAUCACUUGUCAAAACUAUCAUUAAGAGGGGUGAUACGAGAAGAUCCACAGUCGAGCCAUCAUGUUUUGAAUUUUCUGCCAGCAAGCAUUGUCCAGUUAACUUUGGAGCGUUCUUAUGUGAAGCAGGAUCCAAUGGCUGUAUUGGGAAAGCUGCGUCAUUUGAGGACUCUCCGUUUAUGGACAUUCUCAUAUAAGGGGACUAAAAUGGUUUGCUCUGCGAAUGAUUUUCUUCAACUCGACUUUCUUAGUUUUCAUGAAUUAUGUGACUUAGAAGAGUGGCAGAUAGAAGAAGGCACAAUGCCACGUCUCCGGAGUUUAAGUCUGAGUUUGAUUCCAAAUUUGAGGACUUUUCCAGAAGGGUUGAGGUAUGUUACUGCUCUCCAGGAAAUGCAAUUAUGCUAUUUGAAGAGGUCAUUGGUAGAGAGGAUCCAAGUGAUAGACGGAAGAGAAGGAGAGGAUUUCUCUAAAGUACGCCACAUACCCUCCAUCCGAAUGACUCCCAUGUUGAGAGGUUAAAAACUCUAAUUUUGCAAUGUGAAAUCCUCAACUCAAAGUAGUUGCAGGUAAAUCGAAUUGACCCAGAAAUGUACUCUGCCAAUAAGAUCAACAUGGGGAAUCGCUUGGAUUUGCUUGUUGAUUGUUUGAAAGUUUAAUUUGUAUUUUUCUGCUUCUUGAUAACUGAAUCUAAUGAUCAAGUACCCUUUACAAAUGAAUUGCUGUGAGUUUGAAUGAACCAAUUGUUAAUAAGUUUUAGAUUUUCACAGGAGAAGAUUAUCCAUUUGUUUGCUAGCACUUAAAAGGCAAAAGCUACCCAAAAGUUCUGUUUUCUG